AUGGAUCACCUUCUCGAUCUAUACCAGACCCAUCGAGCACUACUCCUCCCUACAGUGCUCAGCUGUGCAAUUCUCCUAGCCCACUGGCUCCGUCGCGACCGCCGCCUCGAAACCAUCCCAGGCCCCAAAACCACUCCUUUCAUCGGCGUAGGCUACAAACUGCCCCCCAAAGCCCCGUUGCUAUUUCGCCAAUGGGCCCAAGAAUAUGGCGACGUCUUCCGCAUCCGCGUCGGCUGGUACAACUGGGUCGUCAUCAACAGCCCCGAUGCUGUCCGCGAGAUCCUGGAGAAACAAGCCGUGAAAACCUCCUCGAAAGCGCCUUCCCCCAUGGGCCAUGACAUCGUCACCGCCGCCAAGCGCAUGCCGACCAUGGCGUACGGCCCGCAGUGGCGCGCGCAGCGCUCCGUUGUGCGCCAGGUCACCACCGUCCCGAUCACGGCGACCUUCGUGCCCAGCCAGGAGUUUGAGGCGAAGCAGCUGCUCUUCGACCUUGCGAGUGAUAACGCCAAUCAGCGCAAUUUCUACCAGCACAUGCGCCGGUACGCGUUUAGUAUCAUCAUGACCAAUACGUUCGGUACCCGCGUUAAGAGCUGGGACCACCCCGAUGCGCAAAACGCGGUGCGCAGCCAGGCCAUCCUGCGUCGCACGUCUCGACCCGGCGCAUUUCUGGUCGACGAGUUCCCCCCGCUGGCGCGUCUGCCGGAAUGGCUCCAGCCCGGGCGCAAGGACGCGCUCGCGGCCGCCGCAGAGGUCCGCGAAAUCAAGAUGGGCCUCUGGCACCGGCUGGAGAAGCAGUACGAGGCGGGCGCCGCGCCACACUGCUUCGCGAAAACCAUCCUCGAAAACAAAGAGGCGUGGUACGCACAGGGCCUCAACGAGGAGGAUCUCGCCUGGGUAGCCGGCGGGCUAGUCGAAGCCGGCUUCGAGACCUCCGCCGCCACCCUGAACAGCCUGGUGCUGCACCUCGCCGCGAACCCGCGCGUCCAGCAAGCUGCCCACGACGAGCUCGCUCGCGUCGUCGGCCCCAACCGCCCGCCCGCUUUCACGGACCUGCCCCGUCUGCCGUACCUGCGCGCCUGCGUCAAGGAGAUGCUGCGCAUGAACCCCAUCCUCGCGCCGGGUAUCCGCCACUACGCGGACCAGGACGUCAUAUACAAGAACCACGUCAUCCCCAAGGGCACUGUGCUGGUCGCUAACACGGCCUUCUUGCACUAUGACCCUGCGCGCUUCGAGCAACCCUUCGAGUUCCGCCCGGAGCGCUACCUCGAGCAUAAACUCUACAGCGCCGAGUACGCGGCCAUGAGCGAUCCGUACAUGCGCGACCACUUCACGUUUAGCACGGGCCGGCGCACGUGCCCCGGUGCGCGGCUCGCGGAGAACUCAUUGAAUAUCGCGCUGGGCAAUAUGCUGUGGGCGUUUGAGAUUCGGCCCCCGCUGGGCGAGGAUGGCGUAGAGGGGGUAAUGGAUCUGAGUGACAAUGCGUACCCGGAUGGUGGGUUUACCAUCCCGAAGCCCUUUGCGGCACGGUUUGUGCCGAGGAGCGAGGAGAUGCUGGAAUUGGUGAAGAGCCAGUGGGAGGUCGCGGCGCAGGAAGGGUAUGAGCUGCGGGGUGUGACAGUUGACAUGGAUGGGAUGGUGCGGGAAUAA